GUGAAAAACAACUCAUCUGAAACUAGCAAAAUUAAGCAGUUUUUUUUUAAACUUUAUACAUUUUUUUGGAGGAUUAAAGGCAAAAUUUUUUUAAAUGUAAAUCUAGACAAACCUUUUUCUUUAUUUAUUUUGUGAGGAAAAUCCACAUCGUGCUAGGAAUCGGUGGUCGGGUAGAGUCAAGAGUAAAAACCCGUGAGACGGUUACAUCGAAUGAUAUCGAGUCGAGUCUCCGUCGAUCGGCCGGUCGAUCCGUCGUUUCGACUUUCGACGGAGGUUUUACCUUUCGACGGUCUUUGCCUCGUUUCCUUCUCCGAUUUCGACACAGAUCGCCGACCACCUCCGGCCGUUUUUCUUCCGCCGUCGUCCGACUCGUCCCCGAGCUGAAGGGAUUUCUGCGAAAACCGGCCGUUCCUCGUUCGAAGUACAACACGGGGGAGGACUUGUGAGAUGGAGGAUGGAUGCGAAUGGGAGGGAGUCAACAAUCCGACAAAAUCAUGGAAGGACUUGAAGUCAAAACUCUGUGAACUACGCCGGCAACUCUCUGCUAUAUCGGCCAUUGUCCCAACUGCCGUAGACUUUCGAACUCUCGAUGAUGGCACUAUACGGAUAUUUUUUCUCGGCACGCUCACAAACGGUUGGGAGACGACCCUGCACUUCGCAGACGUGCCGAGCGGCGCCCAGAGUAUCAUGGGCAAGCUGCAAUGGCAACAGCUUCUCGAAUUUAAUUUCCAGACCACCCCUACUAUCAGUUCUUCAUCAAGGGAAGAACAACUAAUGUUGGAAAGGAAAAGACUUACAACUUGGGGUAUCACUUCUUACGAACUGCACCCUGAGUCAGGAAAAAUAGUGUUCCCAGCAGCUUCUACCCUUUAUCAAUGUGUAGACAGCCCACAUAGGAAUGGUCCCCUCUUCCCAUCAGAACUGAGAACUGGUACGACUGGGGCAAAACUCACCCCUCUGAUUUGCCCGUCGAACCCCGACUUGAUAGCCUUUGUUUCAAAUUGUGACAUCUGGGUGUCACACGAAGCCUCAGGAACGUCUGAAAGGCUGACUUACUCUCACAAGGGGAGUCGGAGCCUCGCCGAUGACCCUCUUUCUUCUGGUGUACCAAGCUAUGUCAUCCAGGAAGAAUUCUCAAGGUACCAAGGUUGCUGGUGGCAGCCUCAAUCUAAAGAUGGAAUUUACAGGUUACUGUAUGAAGAAGUCGACGAUAGUGAAGUCAAAGUUUUUACAUUUCCUUCUUCAACUUCACUUCUAAAUGACGUAGAGCAAUAUAGGUUUCCAAGAGCUGGCUCUCCCAAUUCAAAGUCUAAUCUGAAACUCAUCGAGCUGACCGUGACAGAGAAUGAGAUCGUAAAACGGAGGACACUUGAAUUGCAGCACAGCCUUUCACACAUGUUCCCUUGGAUGGAAUAUGUCGUGCGAGUCGGCUGGACACCAGAUUCAGAACAUAUUUGGGUCCAACUGUUGGAUAGGCGGCAAAAGAAACUAGAAUUGAUUGUUAUAUCAUUAGAAAAUUUCGUAGAACCUCCACCCAACAUUUUCAAAUUAAAUGAAACCGUUGAUGAAACGAACCCUCUUGUGCAUAUCAUUGCUAGACAAGUUUCUGACAUUUGGAUUAAUGUAAGUGAUUUAUUAUACAUAUUACCUGAAACAGAGCCUGGCCAGAUCAAGGUGAUAUGGGCUAUGGAAGAAACUGGUUACAGGCACCUUUACCUCAUCUCGUCUUCGCUGUCCAACAUAACAAACGGGGUGUCUGAAAACUAUGAUGGGACGCAUUUGAAUAGGCGGAACUGGAGCCAGGAUGCUCUCACCUCGGGAAAAUGGGUAGUUUUGGAUGAAGGCCUCUGGGUUGAUACUCAGCUCGGCCUGGUCUACUUCAUGGCAUUAAAGGACACACCUUUGGAACGCCACCUUUACGUUGUUUCCUUGAAUGCACCAGGGAACGUCAGGCUUCUAACACAUACCGGGUUUUCAUAUACAGUCAAUAUCAACGAGGAGUGUAAUAUUGCUGUUGCUACAUAUUCAAAUAUCAGGAAAUUACCAGCAUGCCUCGUGUUUAGGAUCACACACACCGACUCGACAGUUGAUGGUGUCAAUCUGACACCAAUUGGGCACCUCGUUGAACCUCAAACACCAGAAAGGCCGUUAUAUUUUCCAGAGCUUUAUAGCCAUGAAAUAUCGUCUGGGGACGUACUAUAUGCUAUGGUUUUCAAGCCGUACAAUGCAGAACCUGGGAAGAAAUACCCCACGGUGCUUAACGUGUACGGUGGACCCGAGGUCCAAAUCGUUACGAAUACCUUUAAGGACAUGAGGUAUUUGAGAAUUCACAUGUUGGCGUCGCAAGGCUACUGCGUUGUUUCAAUCGAUUCGAGAGGUUCGUACAAUCGGGGAUUGGCGUUUGAAUCGCACAUCAAGCACAGAAUGGGCACUGUUGAACUCGAGGAUCAAAUUGAAAUGUUGCUCUGGUUGUCGAGAGAAUUGGGAAUAAUCGACAUGUCCAGGGUGGCCAUAUUUGGAUGGUCUUACGGUGGCUAUCUAAGUUUAAUGGGCCUGGCCCAGUAUCCUGACUUGUUUAAGGUUUGUAUUGCUGGUGCCCCUGUGACAUCCUGGUCAUUAUACGAUACAGGAUAUACAGAGAGGUACAUGGACUUGCCUACGAACAACCUUCAAGGCUACAAAGCAGGCUCAAUAUUAUCCUACGUGCACCAGUUUCCUGAUGAGGAAAACAGACUUCUAAUCGUACACGGUCUGAUAGACGAAAAUGUCCAUUUUACACAUACAAGCUCGUUAAUCAACCAGUUGGUCAGAAAAGGAAAACCGUACCAAUUACAGGUCUAUCCAACAGAGAGGCACAGUCUGAGAAGCCUGGACGCUAGCAAACAUUACGAAACGAUGUUGCUAUCAUUUUUACAGAAGAACUUGUGAGGCACUUUUGUUUUUGAUUUUUUUUUUUUUUAACCACACAGUUAAUGGUCGUGACAUAAAAAGAAAGAAAUGAAAAGAAAAAACAUGAUUUGUUUGUACAUAACGAUAUGGCAAUAAUCAAAUAAAUGCCACUGAAAUCACAUCUCACAGGAAUGGAAAUAAGUGCAAUUUUUCCCAGUUUUCCUUUUAAAGUAUUGUAUGUGGUUUUGUAAUAACGGCUUUUUAGAAACAUUAAAUUAAUAGAAUUAUUCUGUUCUUUAAAUUGUUUAUUUUUUUAUUUUUAUGGAUGGUCUUAAACAUGUAAAAACAGUAUUAACUUCUAAAACUUCAUUAUAAUUUGUGAAAUUACAAUUGUUUUUAUUUAUAUAUGAAUCAUUGGAAUGUAGUUAUUUUUCUCUGUAAAAACUUGCUAGUCCUGAAAUUUAGAGAUUUUUUUGUACUUAUGUUCUGAUCUUUAAAUCUUUUUUAAAAAUUUCUAUAAUCCCACAGUGAAUUGUAAAAAGACUGCGUUUUAUUUCCCCUAGAAAACGCUGUGAUCUUUAUUUUUAAGCAGAAUGCUCAAAAGUCUUAAGUAAUUUUGUUCUUUAAUUCUCUCUGCCAGGAAAAAAAAAAAAAAAAUCGGCAAUCGUGAUUUGUAACACAAAUAACUUCUAUGGAAGAAGUAUGACAGCUUUAUCAAGCAAUUGUGAUAUUAAACUGUACAAGUAAAACAAUAAGUUUUUGAUUGUUACAAAUUAAAAAAUAAAUAAAAUAAAUCACCUUUUAAUACAAGAUAUUUUCUUUAAUUCUGAUAUUUUUUUGUAAUAUAUUUAAAGGACUAAAUAAAAUAAAUCAUGGAACUGAAAAAUAGUUGCAUUAGUUGAAUGAUGUUUGAUGUCUGGAUUUAUUUAGAAUUAAAAGAAAAGCUUUACAAAAUUUUAAAUAUUUCUUUUCUUGUAUGUGUGGAUUAUGGUGAGCAGAAUUUAACAAUAAUUUUAAAGGCUGUGGGAACAAAGGGAUAAAAUUUAAAUUAAAUGCAAAAAUAUUUUUAACCAAAGCUUUAUCUUGAAGUACAAUUAGCAUAAAAUUUACUUUGACUUUAACAAAAACAGCAAGGAUAGUCACUUAAAAUUAAAAAAAAAAAAUUAUUAAAUCAAACAUUACUCACACCGCAGUGUUUUUCAGAUGAUCUCCACGGCAAGUUGUUGCAAUGGUGUAGAUACGAGCAAAGUUUCGGGGUUUGUUGACUACUUCAUAUCCGAAGAUUUUGAUUCGUGUUUUGUCCUGCUUUUACACAUUGAAACUUUUGUUAUUUUGUUUUCUUCUCGAAGAAAAAAACAUUUUUAAUUUGUAUGUAUCAAUAUGAUCAAAGAUCCGUUGAAAUGUUUCAAUUUGGUCGUAAUAAAAAUUAAAUGUUAUCCGAAUAAAUAUUGUAAAUUGCAUGCUGGAAUUGUUUUCGAAUAGAAUAGACAAUUCAAUGGAAGUAGGUUCUUAGAUUUGUGUUUGCUUUGGGGCCGAACUUCCAAAACUUUGCUAAAUUUUACAUCAUUUUAUCACUGUUUUGCUCCAUAAAUUUUAGUACGUAUUUAUAUUAGUAAGAUAAGAUGAAUACAAAUAUCCCAUGAAUUUGUACAAUGGAUUUUUCUUGUUAUUACUGAAAAUAGUUACGGUUGUUAAUGUUGUUGGAAUUGUAUACACUUUAUAAAAUAUUUUUUAAUAAUUUAUAUAAAGUAUUAUGAUUAGCUAAUUUUUUAAAAUAUGUAGCCAAAAUUUUGUUUUCUUUAAACAACUAAUGAUUCUUUUUUUCUCCACUAGUAAAGUGUUUUUCUUUUCUUUUCCAAUUGUGUAAAAUAUCUAAGAGAUGUAUUCAACCUUUAUAAUGUUGUUGAUAUGUUUUUAUAAAUUAAGUAUUAAAUUAUGGAUUGAAGAUAUUUAUGUGUAAAACUAUGUAGAUACUCUUGUUUUGUGUAUGUAUUUCUCUUGAAUGGUACAUAAAUGGAUAUAAUAAACAUGUAAAUACAUUU